AUGCUUGGACUUGGACAGUGCGCUCUGCUUUGGAUUAGUGAGAAUCUGUGGAACUCAGAUCAUGGCCAUGCGCUUGAUGCCUGCAAGGAUAGCUUUUUUUUUGAGCCUCCCUGCAAGGAUAGCUUGAAGAAGCUGCAACUAGAUUAUCUCGAUCUCUAUCUUAUUCACUUCCCAGUAGCUACUAGGCAUACAGGAGUUGGCACAACUUCUAGUGCUCUUGGUGAUGAUGGCGUGCUAUUUCAUUGGAAACAACAUGGCAUGCAAUGGAAGAACUUGUUUCCAUGGGACUGGUGCGCAGCAUUGGAAUCAGCGCAUACCCCCUUGGGUGGCUCCACUGCCAACACCGAGUGGUUCGGGUCGGUCUCGUGCCUCGACGACCCUGUCAUCAAGGGCUUGGCUGAGAAGUACGGCAAGACGCCGGUGCUGCUUGUCCUCUGGUGGGGUCUGCAGCGUAACACAGUGGUGAUCCCCAUGACCUCCAAGGCACAGUAA